GCAACCUUAUCUCGGAUGCCCCCGGCGACCUGGGCCUUGGUCUGGGACUCUUCAAAGCAGCGGACGAGCUCCUGUCAACGAGGAAAGCUCGAGGCACUGGGAGCGGCUGGAGCCUCCCCGGCACCGUGGAGCUGACACUGGGACCCGGCACAAGCCAGCACAUCACCCCUCUCCCCGUGUCCCUGGGGAUUCAGUGGUGCCCUGGGAGCUCGACCUGCCCUGACCUGCCGUGGGACACGUCCGUGCACAGCCCCCCCAUCCAGCCAUGCUGCACUUCCUCUGGGACAGCAUCUCCUUCCAUACACUCCUCAUCUUCUUUGUUGUCUUCCUGUUUGUCGCUGACUAUAUGAAGAACAGAAAUCCAAAAAACUUCCCUCCCACCCCUUUCCGCCUUCCCUUUGUAGGGCACAUCUACAUGAUGGACUUCAAAGCUCCCCAUAUCACAGUGCAGAAGUACACUAAAAAAUAUGGUGACAUCUUCGGCAUGUCCAUGGGCAGCAUGAAGCUUGUGGUAGUAAAUGGGAUGCGGCUGGUUAAGGAAGUGCUUGUAAACCAAGGGGAUAACUUUUUGGAUCGCCCAGAAAUUCCAAUGGAUAUGUUCAGCAAGACAGGACUGAUCUCCUCCAGUGGACACUUGUGGAAGGCACAGAGGAGGUUCACUCUGAGCACCCUCCGAAACUUUGGCUUGGGGAAGAGGAGCGUGGAGGAGCGCAUCCAGGAGGAGUGCCGAUUCCUCAUGGAUGCCUUUAAGGAUGAGCAGGGGAAUCCUUUCAACCCUCAGUUUACACUCACUAACGCUGUUUCAAAUGUCAUCUGCUCUCUUAUCUUUGGCAAUCGGUUUGACUACCAUGAUGAGGACUUCCAAAAAUUGCUAAAGCUGAUGAAUGAGACACUUCUCCUCCAGGGAGCCAUCACAGCCCAGCUGUACAACUCUUUCCCAUCUAUAAUGAAGUUCCUCCCUGGAGCACACCAAACGAUUUUUAAAAACUCGAAGUUGUUGAAAAGCUACAUGCAAGAGCAGAUCAACAAGCACAAGGAGGAUUGGAACCCCUCAGAGAGCCGGGACUACAUCGACAGCUACCUGCAGGAGAUAGCCAAGGACAAGGGCAGUGACACCUUCCGGGAGGAACAUCUCGUCGCCUGCACCCUCGACCUGAUGUUCGCUGGAACCGAGACCACUUCCACGACCCUCCGCUGGGCUCUGCUGUUCAUGGCCUUACAUCCAGAAAUUCAAGCCCGUGUGCAAGCCGAGAUCGAUGCCGUCAUCGGACAGGCUCGGCAGCCAGUGCUGGAGGACAGGAACAUCAUGCCCUACACCAACGCUGUCAUCCAUGAGGUGCAGAGGAAAGCAAACAUUGUCCCUUUCAACGUGCCAAGAAUGGCAGCAAAGGACACAAUGCUGGAUGGCUUCUUCAUCCCAAAGGGCACUAUGUUGUUGACAAAUAUAACCUCUGUGAUGUUUGACAAGAAUGAGUGGGAAACCCCUGACACUUUUAACCCUGGGCAUUUCCUGAAGGACGGGAAGUUCUGGAAAAGAGAAUCGUUUGUGGCAUUUUCUGUGGGGAAGCGCGCCUGC